AUGGACAACCUCGUUGGCAACUCGGUUGUACCAGGUUUGGCGAGCCGAUUACUCGACGAUCAGGAGCUACUCCUCGUCAGCGCAGAGGAGCCAUCGACUUUUGCGCAGGCCGAGCGCGAUGCCAGUUGGAGACGAGCUAUGCUAGAGGAGAUGAAGGCGAUCGAGGAAAAUGAGACGUGGGAGCUCGUCGAUCCACCUCCAGGUUGUCAUCCAAUCGGGCUCAAAUGGGUCUACAAGGUCAAGCGGGACGAGAGUGGCGCUAUAGUCAAGCAUAAGGCGCGCCUCGUUGCUCGGGGGUUCGUCCAGCGUGAGGGCAUCGACUUUGAGGAAGUUUUUGCACCAGUAGCGCGCAUGGAGUCAGUUCGCCUACUGCUGGCCAUGGCAGCAGCGAAGGACUGGCACAUUCAUCACAUGGACGUGAAAUCGGCCUUCCUCAACGGCGAGCUAGCGGAGACUGUCUUUGUCAAGCAAGCCCCAGGCUUCGCCGUCAAGGGAGAGGAGCACAAGGUGCUGCGGCUGCGGAAGGCACUCUAUGGGCUGCGACAAGCACCACGAGCGUGGAACGCCAAGCUCGAUGCCACCCUGGGUACGCUUGGGUUCACGCGCUGCGCGACAGAACACGCGCUCUACACGCGACGACGGGGGAAGGAGGAGCUCAUCGUCGGCGUGUAUGUGGAUGACUUGAUCAUCACCGGGGCAAGAGAAGAGGACAUCAACGGCUUCAAGCGCGAGAUGGCAACUCGUUUCCGCAUGAGCGAUCUCGGGCAGCUCUCCUACUACCUCGGCAUCGAGGUGAAGCAGGGGAGAGACUCCAUCACUCUCUGCCAGCGUGCAUAUGCAGGGAAGCUGUUAGAGCGGAGCAGCAUGGCUGACUGCAAGUCAUGCGUGACUCCGAUGGAGGAGCGGUUGAAGCUGACGAAAGCCAGCACCGCAGGGAAAGUGGAUGCCACACUCUACCGGAGUAUCGUCGGCGGACUGCGCUACCUAGUCCACACGAGGCCAGAUAUCGCAUUCGCCGUGGGCUAUGUCAGCCGUUUCAUGGAGGACCCUCGAGAGGAUCAUUGGGCUGCAGUAAAGCGGUUGUUGCGCUAUGUCAAGGGGACGGUGGACCAAGGCAUCAUUUUUCCCAAGACCACCGGUGGAAGUGGGCUGCGACUCACGGUUUUCAGCGAUGCAGACAUGGCAGGCGAAAUUGAUGGGCGGAAAAGCACCUCCGGUGUGCUCGUCUUCCUUGGAUCGGCCUCAAUCUCAUGGCAGUCGCUGAAACAGAAGAUCGUGGCGUUGUCUACGUGCGAGGCAGAGUACGUGGCGGCAGCCACAGCGGCGUGCCAGGCAGUCUGGCUGCGUCGGUUGCUGGGCGAGCUGACCGGCGAAGAAGCUCGUCCACCAACUCUGAUGGUGGACAACCAGCCCGCCAUUGCCCUAGCAAAAAAUCCAGUCCUCCAUGACCGAAGCAAACACAUCGAUACUCGUUUUCACUUCAUCCGUGAUUGUGUCGAUGAGGGGCAAAUUAUUUUGGAGUUUGUCGAAUCCGGACGGCAACUCGCAGACAUCCUUACCAAGCCACUCGGCCGUCUUCGGUUUAUGGAGCUAAGGACCAAGAUUGGAAUAGUGGGAAACAAGCAAGAACAACAGGAUUAG